AUGGCGGAGGAGGUGAACACCCUGAUGAAGGCCACAGUCCUGAUGCGGCGGCCGGGGCGGGUACAGGAGAUCGUGGGCGCCCUCCGCAGGAGCGGGGAAGACCGCUUACAGGUGAUUUCUGAUUUUGAUAGGACCUUGAGCAGGUUUGCAUAUAAUGGAAAGCGAUGUCCUUCUUCUUACAAUAUUCUGGAUAACAGCAGGAUCAUCAGUGAUGAGUGCCGCAAGGAGCUAACAGCGCUCCUUCACCACUAUUACCCAAUUGAAAUUGACCCAAACCGGACCGUCAAAGAGAAGUUACCUUAUAUGGUGGAAUGGUGGACUAAAGCACAUGAUCUCCUGUGUCAACAGAAAAUUCAGAAGUUUCAGAUAGCCCAGGUGGUUGGAGAGUCCAAUGCAAUGCUUAGGGAGGGAUACAAGACAUUCUUCAGCACACUGUACCAUAACAACAUUCCCCUUUUUAUCUUUUCUGCCGGCAUUGGUGAUGUUCUAGAAGAAAUUAUCCGACAGAUGAAAGUUUUCCACCCCAACAUCCAUAUUGUGUCCAACUACAUGGAUUUUGAUGAGAAUGGUUUCCUACGGGGAUUCAAAGGCCAGCUCAUACACACAUACAAUAAGAACGGCUCCGUGUGUGAGAACUCCAAUUACUUCCAGAAGCUUCAGGGCAAAACCAAUGUCAUCUUGCUUGGAGAUUCCAUGGGGGAUCUCACUAUGGCCGAUGGGGUUCCCGGUGUGGAGAACAUUCUCAAAAUUGGCUUUCUAAAUGACAAGGUGGAGGAGCAGCGGGAGCGCUACAUGGAUUCCUACGACAUUGUGCUGGAGAAGGAUGAGACACUGGAUGUGGUCAACGGGCUGCUGCAGCACAUCCUGCGCCAGGAGGACCAGAUGGAAGUGCGGGGCUCCUGAUUCCUGCAGGCUCGGCCAGGCCCUGCAGGCUGUGACCAGGAGGGAGCCUCACAGGAGGCUGCUCUGCUGCGAGCACCGCUCUUCCCUGUGUGCAGAGAAAACUCCAGCGGGGACAGGAGCUGCUGGGCCCAUGCCCCUCCUUCCUCCUUUCCCCAGAGCCUCCCGUUAUGUCCACCGGAGACGGGCAAAGCCCUGCCAGGUGGGAGGGCAGCUUUGUUCCCAGUGAACAGGGAACCUGCCAGAUCUUAGCACUCUUGGGAUCAUCCAGUCCAGAGAUUUUUUUUUUCCUCAAAAUUUUUAAACAUUGGAACCUGUUCUUCAAACAAAUCUAACAUGUAAAGCAGACCAAAAUAAAAGCAGAUCAAAAUAAAAAUUUUAAAAAACAGCU